AUGGCGCCUCAAUGGAUGCCUCAAAACAUACAGAAGAGGUUACUGAAAUACAUCCUUCAGCAGCUCUCCUUAUUUUCCGAGAUUGAUCUACCUAAUUUGGAUGUCUCCCUGGGCACAAGCUCCAAAAUAAAUCUCCGGAAUCUGGAGUUAGACAUUGACAAGUUCAGCAUACCAGGAAUGUACAUGAGAAGCGGGUCGAUCGAAACGCUUGCUCUCUCCCUUACGAUUAGCGAUGGUGUCAACGUCGAUUGCGUCGGGGUAAAUAUUACCCUCACUCCAUCGUUAACUCCUGGAAAACCAAAUAGCACAGAUCAAUUCUCCCUUGCGAAAAGCACAGCCGAUCUCGCGAACAGCGUUAUGUUUGAAGACAAUGUUGUGGAGGACGAAGAUAUCAAAGAGACCGCUUCACUUGAUUCUAAUUCGAUUCCAACAGAAACGAAAGACUAUAAAAUGAGCAAUAUGAUGGCAAAGGCUGCAGAUAUGGCUUUGUCAAGGCUACAACUAUCGAUACGCGACAUAAAAAUUACCAUGGUACUCGAGGCUUCUGUUAUGGAAGUGUGCAUUGAUACGGUCACCUUGGUAUCAAAAGAGGGGACUAGGUACAUCACAGUUGAGGGAAUGAAGUUGAACGCCAUCAAACCGGAAGUUUAUCCGGGAGAGGGAGUGGAUAAUGAUAACGAAUCAAAAGAAAAGGACAAAAGCGAGUCUGACGAGAGCGAUUCUGAGGACUAUGACGAUGAAUUAUUGCAAACCUCGUUUAUGGCAGAAAACAAGGAAGAUAUUCAGAAAUCUUUGAUGGAGAGCAUGAUGUUUGCAAGUCAGACAUCUGAGUCCGUGUACAUGAGUGCGACAUCUAAUGUAUUCUCUUCGAUUCCAAAUGGGGCUUCUACCUACGAACCUCCCCAACCAUCAGCUGUUUGUGUUGCCCAUAUCAGUGAAUGCAGCUUCCAGUUUGAUGGACUUCAAAACAUAGAGAAUGUGCAAGUGGACGUGGGGCAUGUUAAAGUCGCGGCCUCUCCAAUUCCUGAAUGUUUAUCGUCAGUCUUACAAUCAAUCAGAAAUCUUGUGAGGCUUUCAGCAAUUAGUACUACUGAUAGAUCUGAAGACACUGAUAAGGAAAGCGAGCCUACUAGCAUGACUCCGUUGAAUACCUUAAAGAUUGAUGAGAUAAGUGUUAGUUUUGAAUCAGCACUAUUGAGUAACGGACAGUUUGCUCUUGACAAUAGCAUUUGCUUAUCAUUCAGUGAUAUACGCUUUGAACAGAAAAAUGCUUCUUUCUCCUUUGGUUCCAUCGCAAAAAUACGACUAUCAAGGAAUGACAGCGGAGCAGAUCUCUUUAGCUUUGAUAACUCUCGCGCAUCGAACGUUGCGGACCUCGGUCUUGAAAUGCUGAAUAACGAUGCUUCUCGAAUCACUUUGAUAUGCCCGAAGGCUGCCAAUCUUGUUGUCGAUGAACGACUAUUAACUUUGGCAGCACGUUACUACUCAUUGAUGGAACCUGUUGUAGAGGCUCUUGUCUCAGCUACAUCUAUGAAGGCUCCUAAUGCAUACUCAAACAUGUAUACAUCCCGCUUCUCUUUACCGGAUACAACAAAUAACGGAAGAUCUAGCGAGUUUCACGCACAGAUUUCAUCUAUUCACAUCAAGCUUCAACUCAAUGACUUUGACAUCACAACUACUAUUCUUCCGAUAACUUACGAUUCUCAGGAGGGUCGCUUUGAUACUAGCAACAUUCUUUUUGAAUACAGCGAUGCAACGGUAGAAGAACAAUAUGCCUCUAACCAGUUCUUGAUGAUAUCCAAUAUUGAAACAUCUACGACAGGUGUUAAGAAAAUACGAUCUUUUGAUUCCAGCUCGCUUCAGGAAAUAUGGCUCAAAAGCAAAUCGAAAACUAUAAUUGAAAAUGUUACUCUGAAGCUUGAUUUUGACGUCAUGAUGAAACUGAUAAAUGGCUUUGGAAGACUUGUUGACUUAGUGUACAAAUCCAUGGUGAUUUCACCUCCAGUAACAAGGCAGAAAAAAGUAAGAAUGGGUAGUAGUUUGUUUCUCAACGCUACCAAAAUGCUCAAAUACUGCGUUGAAAUCAAACAAUGCUCAGGAACAUUCUCCAAUAUUUGUCCCAAUUUUGGGGAUUUGAAAAUCUUCCUGAAAGAUAUAUUUGUGAACUUUCUGCAAGAUGCAACUUUACACGCCUAUGUUAUGAAUGGGCUCAUACAAAGAGUAUGUGAAUCAAUACAUGAGUCAUUGUUGGAAGCAGCAGAUCCCAAAAACAAGGGGUAUCCGAUGAUCUUUGCAAAAUUCAAAGAUAACCUGGGGGUGCACUUCAAAAACUGCUCAUUCAAUUAUUAUGGAGAAUGGAUCACUCUUCUAGAAUCCAGAGAGAAGAGUCGAGAUGAAACUGAUCGGGGCUCAUCGGCAUCCUCUUCUACCGGCAAAAAACGUCAGGUUAAUUUUACCUUUGCUGAUGUUUCGAUAGGUCUUGUUCCAGUCAGCUUAAAAUCAAAAAUUGAGCUUGUUAUUAAAAAAGGGAUUGCCGACCUCUUGAUUGAUAUUGAUGGGCGCUCGAAACUGCAAUCUUCAUUUAGCUCCCUAACUCUGCUACUAAUUGAUGAUGUGGCCAAUAUUCUCAGCGACAAAGAAAGUAAAUCAUUGAGGCACUGGAUUAAAGCGAACAGCAAUCAUGCUGUCUGGACGCUCAAUGCUAUUUUGAAAAGCAAGGGUUUUGUCCCUGUGGGUUAUAUUUCAUCUCUGUUUCUGAAUUCAACAUUUGAAAGUGAAAGUCAUUUGGAAGAGAGUAUGCCACAGGCAUUUUCCGGUCGAAAGAUCUUUCCUUUAGUCGAUAUAAAAAUACAUACUGAUGCAUUGACCAUGGACGUUUGUGCAGACUCGUCCCAGUGUUUGAUCCAGACUUUAAAAGACCUGACGCAGCCUGUGCAAUUCUCAUUCACUGAAAAGUAUAAACCGAUGACAGAUGAAAUGGAAGUUUUUAAAGACAUUGAUGAAACAAUGUUCUCAGCGCCGGUAAGUGGACAUGUUGGCAAUCUGGAGGAAUCUGAGAUUGCUGACAACGAAAAGUUGGAAAUCGUCGAAGACUUUUACAACAAGAAUUUAAAUGCCGAUUCAGGGGAGCAAUCAGCCACACGCUCUGGUAGCUUGGCUAAUAGCAGUACCAAAUCAGGUGCCAUGUCCAAAAUCAUUUUUGAUGAUAAUCAUUUCGAACAUUCUGGUGAAGAGUUCACGACGAAGGUUAUACCAAUGGCUAUUGGAAUCAGUAUCUCCAAUGUUACAAUCAAGCUUUAUGAUGGCUAUGACUGGAAAGAGACGCAGACCACAAUCAAGAACGCUAUUCGACGUGUUGAGGAUAAAGCUGCGAAGCUAGGGGACAACAUUAAUGAAGUGACCGAGGGUUCCAUCAACCAAAAUGUCCCCUCGGCUUCUGAUGAUUCCAAUGAGUUAGAUGCGGAGGCCGUGAAUGAAGUACUAUACGAGUCGAUCCAUGUGGGACUCUUUGCUGGUCAGGAUCCUCAGUCAUUUUACGAUAAUAUCAAUAAGUCGAUCAGCAAUGGUACCGAUCCAGAGAACGUAAGCGAGCGUAAUAUGUUGUCUCCAGGCUCUUCGUCGCCUGCGUCAAUCAGCACUACUAAUAGCACUCGCUCUGCAGCGCCCUCUCAUAAUAUCGAACUAGGCAAGGGCUCAAAUAGGAGAGUGCGUUUGAAAAGAUCUAUAUAUCAUAAGGUUCUAGUUGAGCUAGAAAACCUUGAUCUAUCGAUCCUGACCAUGGCUAAUAAUGAACCACAUCCAACCAAGAACUCUAUAGACUUCAGUGACGACGAAAACAAAGAUGACUCGGAACUCGUCAGCAGAAUUGAUCUGAGUGUCGGAUCCUUCAGAGUGGCAGAUAAUGUGCCCACGUCAAGCUGGAAUAUGUUUGUGGGUUAUCUGCGUGAAGCUGGAGAUAAAGAACUUGGCUCCAGUAUGAUUCAUGCUGUGAUCGACACUGUUCGCCCUGUGUCGUCACUGGCGGCUUCUGAAUUGGUUAUUUCUGUAUCCGUGCUUCCGCUGAGACUUUAUGUGGACCAAGAUACUCUUGAUUUCUUGACCAGAUUUGGUGAGUUCAAAGAUGACCGUUUCACUCCCCCAACUUUAGAUGAGGAGGAGGUCUUCAUUGAAAAGUUUCAAGUCAACUCCGUGAGGAUCAAACUUGAUUACAAGCCUAAAAAGGUUGACUAUGCUGGAAUUAGGUCUGGUCAUACUACAGAGUUUAUGAACUUUUUCAUUCUUGACGAGUCGGAGAUGAUUUUGAAGAAACUGGUGCUUUAUGGAGUGCCGGGAUUCACUCGUUUGCACAAGAUGCUUAAUGACUUGUGGAUGCCAGACAUCAAAAGAAAUCAGCUUAGUGGGGUUCUUUCAGGUCUUGCUCCUGUGAAAUCAAUUGUGAAAAUUGGAUCUGGCUUUAGAGAAUUGGUAGCUGUGCCUUUGAAAGAAUAUGAGAGAGAUGGCCGUGUGGUAAGAGGUCUGCAAAAAGGUGCACUUUCAUUUGCCAAAAUAACUGGUGGCGAACUGCUCAAAUUCGGCGUUAAACUUGCUGCUGGAACCCAAAAUAUACUGGAGUCUACCGAAGGUGCUUUGGGAGGAGACGGCUCCGCUGUCAGACUACCAGGAUACAAAAAAAACCAAAAGUCCCGAAGACGAACAUCACCAAACGAGGUCAUCUACGCGACUCCAGGGGACAAGUCUUUAUUACGUCGCAAUACCAUGGGUGGCUCAGCGUUCCAUCGAAACUCGUUUGAUUCCUAUGGUGAGGAGGAAGAACUCUUAGAAGAAGGUUCAACACUGGAUGAAGCUGGGACACAGGAUGCUGAGCAAUACCAGAAAUCUAGGUUUCUUGUCCCUGCUGUAUUCAAGAGUACUGCUGAGCUUCCUGAUGUGUUGGAGAGCGAUAGUGAUCUAGAUGACUAUUAUGACGAGUCUGACAAUGAAGGUCAGAAAAUUGUUAGUCUGUACUCAAAUCAGCCGGAAAAUUUAAACAAGGGUUUGCAAACGGCUUAUACUUCGCUGGGAAGGAACUUAAGCACUGCUCGUGAAGCAAUAGUGACCGCAAGCACGCGUGCUGCACGGAGCGGUAGUGCACAGAUUGCGGCCCGGGAGUUGGCCAAAGCCACUCCUAUCAUGGUUAUUCGUCCAAUUAUUGGAACUACAGAAGCGAUAUCCCGGACACUUCAAGGAGGCAUUAAUAUUCUUGAUCCAGAAGAGAAACGCAGGUCGGAAGAAAAGUACAAGAAUACGAAGAACGAAGCUAGCUGA